AUGCCCGGGCAAAGCUCCGAGUCGACUUGCAUUGGUGACGAGGACAUCUCAUCAUGCGGCGAAAGGCCGCGGACCCGUAUUGCUGCAGAUUCGCUGCAGGAUUCCACCCUGGCCGGCGAAGUUCGUGCAGCUGAAUUGAUGACUGGCCUGACCCGAGCAGCGACCGUUGCAGACCUGAGGCUAGCAGUGCAGCAGAGGAUUUCUUCGGAGGAGAACGUCACACUUCUGACUACAUCUGGCGGUGCAUAUGUGCCAUUGCUUGACGACGAAGUCAUCGGCGGCUUAUUCGACGAUGUUGAGGAUGUGGUGAUUCAAGGGCAUGUCUUCGUGCUGUCUGGGCCCAGAUCUGGGGCAGAGGCGACAAGGCCAAGCAUCUUGGAGGCUGAAAAUGCUCAGCUCCGGGCGCAGAUCGCCAUGCUGGAGAGACGAUUGGCAGAAUCGGAGUCUACCCAGAGGGACCGGCAGGUACAAGCACAGGCAGACAAUUCUGUGCAGCUUGUGCCCGAGCCGAUUUCGGGUCACACACCGGACGCCGCAGAGGAGGGCCCAGAAGAAGGUGAACCUCCUGCGAUCGACGACGUCGAAGCCGAGUCCGUUCCAGCGAGUUCAGCUGCUGGGCUCCCCGAG